ACUAGGAGAUAUCUUAUGGAUGCGAAUAAAAAUUUUGUUGAUGCAGAGUAUCCAAAAAGAUAUAGAAGUUUGAUUGCACCUAAAGAAUGGGUAACGUUUAAAGAAAAACGAAAAAACCCAAAAUUUCGGAGUAGAAGUGAAACAAAUCGGCAAAGAGCAUCAGGUCCCCCAUAUCCAUACAAAAAAGGGCGUAUGGGAUAUGGAUGCUUAGAACAGUCUAUUUUAACAAGGGAGAGUAGUUCUGAAACAUCUGUUCCACCACAUGUUUUGUGGAAGGAAGCCCGUGUGGGAAAAGAUGGAGUUGUCAAAGAAGAUGUUCAAAAAGUUUUUGAAAAAUGCGAGACUCUAUCUCAGUCUAUAUCUCCAGAUGAAGGCAAUGAUUGCAGGAGCAUACUUAGUCGCGCAUUAGAUAUUCCUGAAUAUUCUGGUCGGGUGAGGGGUAAGGGAUUUGGAAUCACUCCAACAUCCUUGAAGAUGAAAAAACAGAAGGCUCCUAGCAAUAGAGAACUGCAGGAAACCUUGUAUGCACUACAAGCUGAAGUCCGCAAAUUGAAAAGGGAAAAAGAAUUAAGAGAGCAAGCUUCAGGUUGUAAAGCUACUAGUGACAAAGGUAGUAUCGAUUGUAAUUUUCAACCUAAUUUUCAACCGGAUCUUCCAGAGUAUCGGUUGACAAUUGCUUUAGAGAAGGAUGCAUUAUUACCGCAUCCUGACGAUGUUUCGGAUGGCACAUUGGUGGGAGAUGCAAUAGGUUCGUUUGUUGCAUGGCCGUCAAGCCUAAUUAGUGUAGAUGAUGUGACUCCAACAAAAUCCAAAGCAAAAGACAAGGAGCCUCCGCGGAAAAUCGAGUCAGUUGCAUCAAUAAAAGAGAUGCAUGCUAAAGAGAUUGAAGAUGUCAGUAAGGGUAAGAAGCCUGAAACGGUUGUUGCUAAGAAGACCGAAACUAAGAAAAAACCUACUCCCAAUAAGUUUAGAUCGUGCUUUUUCACAUUUUUACAACUCUCUGAUAUUCCGCAAGGAAACACCCGUCUUGUACCUAUGGAGGAAGAUGUGUUUGGUAUUGAGCAUCAAGAAACAAUUGGUAUGGAGGAUUUUGAACAAAUUUUUGAACAUACGCAAUUAGGCCUCGGUGUUAUUGAUACAUACAUAAGGUUUUUGUAUGAAAAAUUGAUGCACCCGAGUGGAUUGAGGCAACGAUUCGCUUUCUUAGCUCCCUUCAAUACCAACUUAGAGUUAAUCAUAUCUAAACUGGAUGAAGUCAUGGCGUAUGUACUCAACCGUUUUAUGGCCAGCAUAAAUUCAGAAAAGUUGUUCUUUUUACCGUUUAAUACCGGCAACGGUGGACAUUGGUUGUUGGUCGCGAUUAAUCCUAUCAGAGAAGUUGUAUAUUUUCUGGAUUCCUUACACAAUCCAAUUAGUACAUACGAAGCUAUGAAGGAGUUGGUUGAUACUUAA